AUGUCUAUGAGACGAUUCCCCGGAUUAGCGAGACUACCAUUAUUAGGAUCCCUAUAUCGAUUGGCUGCCAAAAGUCCCCAAACACAUGCUGAUAGCCAGGCUUUACUCGAGGACGACGCAUUAGGAAUUCCACUUGAGAGCUCAGAUUCAACUUCACCAUCACCAAAACUAGCAGCAAGAAGCUAUCGUCACGGCACCUCCUGGCAAAAUAAGUCAUGUCAAUAUGCCAUUUUCUUGGCCGUAUUAGCUGGCUUAUUGCUGGCGGUAUUGCUGCCUCGUCGGCACGCUACCCUCGCGCCCCGAGUUGACGGCUUGCUACCGUGUGGUAAUUCAAGAUACUCGAUUAAUAAUCACACGUGCUAUCACGGCAAUUUUCUUUGCCCGGUUGUUGAUAGGAAACGCACAUUACGAUGCGGUAACGAUUGCUAUCUACCUCACCUAUUCUCUUGUUCCAACGAGAAGCUAUUCUCAUUACCCGAGCCUAAUUCAGAUGAAAAGGUACCAUCUGGAGAAGACGGCCAAAACCGGUGUGCUCCCAGUUACUUUCACCUAAGCGAUCCACCGUAUUAUAAUUACUUCUCUGCCGAUUGCAGCAGCGCAAGCCAAGUUGUCAUAACUAGUCCCUUACCUGAUAGCGACCUCAGAAUUAUCGGACCAAGGCUUCUCAUUGCUUGGCCGGCCGGCAAUAGCGGAAUAGCGUUGUAUUUCUCUCCAGAAAGUGGCGUCAACGGAACACUCGGCGUACAACUUGAGAAUCUCCCAGGCGUAAAUCGUACUUUAAACCCGCUAAUAGGUGGAGUAAGCGGUAUCUUGUCUCUCAACUCGUCUGCUACACUUGACUUGGCUAUUUUAGGAAGUAUCAGGACAAUACGGGAAUUUGUUGAAGGACCAAGCACUCUUUCACCUAAGAUCCAAAACGCAAUCAAAAUUCAGUCGUUGCCUGAUGGCGGCAUCCAACUCAGUCGUAUAUGGCUUGACAGAACCACGGAGACAUUUCUCACGAUGCACAACCUGAAUAGUACAUCAAUUCCGGUUAAAGAUGGACAACCCCAUCUGGUAGGUGGUGCUUAUACCUUCAAUGCUUGGAGCAGCUAUCCGCAACUUGACCAACUUGGGGCCGCGGAAGUCGUCAGCCCUGCCUCUAAGUCCCUCAUCUCAGAAAAUCAGAAGGAUAUAGAGUCACUCUCAUUUUUAUCAUAUCGUUCUAAGAUCUUGGCUGGAGCUUGGCGGUUUCUUACCUAUUUCGGACGCGAUAGUCUGAUAUCGCUUCUCCUACUAAAACCAAUACUUAGCGAGGGUGACGGAGGUGCAGUCGAGGCUAUUCUUGAGGCAGCCAUCGAACGUAUUAACUCCAAAGAUGGGAGCGUCUGUCAUGAAGAAACCAUAGGCGAUUACGCAUCGUACUUGAACGACCGACAGGGAAUAGACAGCACAGAUCCCUUAUGCGACUAUAAGAUGAUCGACACUGAUUUCUUUCUUCUCAUCGCAAUCAACGAGUAUUUUACCAAUUCCGCUGUUGGGAGAACUCGCAUCGGUCCCUUUUUCUCUAGAAAUGCAUCUAUCCUCUCAGAGAACCGUGGGCUCACAUAUAUGGAUCUUGUUUUAGCUACCGCGGAAAAAAUCAUGAAAGUCACCGCUGACUUUGAGCAAUCACCCAUGAAAGAAAAUCUUAUACAUAUUAACGAGGGCCAAACGGUCGGGCAAUGGCGCGACAGUCCUAACGGGUUAGGCGGUGGCCGUAUACCGUACGAUGUGAAUACAGCUUUAGCCCCGGCAGCACUCAAAUCUAUCGCUUCAUUAUCCGACAAUAAGUUUUUCCCUUCACAUCCAGACUGGAACACAGUAGGCAAAAAUCGUGCCUCCGUCUGGGAGCAGAAUACACUCGCUUUUUUCCAAGUCAAUAUCACAGCAGAGCGAGCCCGUGGACUUGUUGAGAGCUACGUCGAGGAGGCAAAUUUCCCAGGAAAGGUCAAUUCGUCGGACCUGAGCUCGCCGGUUGUAUUCCACGGUUUAGCUCUCGCUGGCGAUGGUCAAUCUAUUAUCCAGGUGAUGAAUACAGAUGACUGCUUCCGGCUUUUCCUUCUUAACAGUACUAACGAAGUCCAAGUUUCUGCUUUCCUCUCUCAAGUGGCAGAUAAUAUCCUGCACCAAUUCCCUCUUGGCCUUUCCACAACGGUCGGGCUGGUUGUUGCAAAUCCAGCUUAUAGUGAUGGAUCUGUCAACGUAAAAGAGUUUACAGAAAGUUCAUACCAUGGCACAGUGGUCUGGAGUUGGCAACUUGCGAUGAUGGCCGCUGGCUUGGAGAAACAGCUCGAGCGAUGCGAUAGAGAAGAGUUAGCGUUUUGCGCAGACACGAGAUUGCACGGGCGCGUACUCGAGGCGUAUACCCAUUUAUGGGAUCUGAUUGACGCUAAUCGUGAGCACCUAAGUAAGGAAGUCUGGAGUUGGGUCUAUAAGAACGACAAAUUUCAAUACACACCUUUAGGUGCUCUAGCAGCCCCUGACGGGCAAAGCCCAGUUGAAAGCAACAUUCGACAGCUGUGGAGUUUGGCCUUCUUGGCGCUGAAGAGAAAUAAACUGUAUAGUUCCUCCUGA